AUUUCCGGAAUAUCAUUUAAACUGUUGGACACAUGAGUAAUUCGUAAACCGAUCAGAAACACGUGGAAAUAAUAAAAAAAUAUCAAGAAGUCCAAUAGAUAUUAACAAGGAAAGAAAAAAACAUUAAAUAACUUUGCUGAAGUACCACAUUGCUUCUACAUGAAAAACAGUUGUACAACAAUCCAAACGGCUAAUUUGAUUUUAGCAUAUUACUAGUAUAGCUGUUUUAAACUUUAUUCCUAAAAGAUAGAUACAUACAAUUCUAAAAACUGAUUCGGAUGUUUUUAAUAUCAAAAUGCUUAAGCUGUUGAGCUAAAAAGAAAAGAAGCUACAUCGAGAUAUCAGUGCUUUCCUCUCUUUCUCGUUUUUUUUUCCACUCAGAUUCGCAACCUACCUACCUACCUACAAACAAUAUUAGAGUAUAUGCAUAUAUAUGUACAUGUAUGUACAUACCUUCAUCUAUAUGUAUAUAUAGAUACAUAACUGGGUACAUGACGUGGCAAAAGGACAUGGACAAAAUGAUAAACAAGGUACAACAAACAAGCAGGCCACAUAGAAACAUCUCCUUCAUCAGCUGCCACCAUUAAAACACCGGUGUUUCGAAGAAUUAAGGCAGUACGAAUCGUUAAAAUGGUUCUUCCCACGAACACAAAUUAAAUUUUUUUCGUGGAGGAUAGUGGCGGACGGAAAACAAGACAGGAAAACGAAACGGUGAAAUAAACAAACAAAAGUCUGUACAGCCAGACGUGAAGCGUGUAUGUAUUGAAGACUGUGAAGCACGAACAGGAGGGGCAAAGAAGUACGUGCGAGCUUGGGGAGUCUAAGAACGAAAAGAAAUAGCAGCCGGACACACGUGACCAGCGCUGAGUGGAGAGAAAGAGUAGCAGAGGAAGAAGAAGGGAAGGAAGUAGAAUAAAAGUGAGCAACGAGAGGUAGAGAGGGAGAGAGAUAGUAGUAGUAACGAUGAGAGGCGAAGGACGAGCAAAAAGAGAUAGAGAGAGAGAGAGAUAGUAGUGACAGAGAGAGGCGAAGAACAGUAGAGGGAAGAAUGGGAGGGGGAGAUAGAUAUAGAGAUAGAGAGAGUCGCGUUAGAAAAAUAGUUAAAACUUACUGUAUAAGUUUAAAGGCGUGCGUUUACCUACCUACCUACCUACCUACCUACCUACCUGCCUGCUUGCCUGCCUGCUUGCCUGCCUACCGACCUGCCUGUCUGUGUCGCUCUCCCUCUCUCUUUCUCAUUCGCAAUUAUUUUCGUCGGUUCUGCAGUUUUACAACUAUCACCGCCCUAGAGGGUGGAUAUAUAUAAAAAUAUCCUAGGAAAUCUCUAUAUAACUAUCGAAUCAUAUUACUGCAUAUUAGCGAAUAAGAUAACAAAAGAUCGCAGCUUGCAAUAUUAAUGACUGAAUAAGGUUCCGAAAACCUUUACAGAGAAGCAAACGUACAAAAAUACAAAGAAAAAAAAAAUGAAGGCUUCCGAAGUAGAUGUUGAUGAAAUCUUGGACAAUCUUGGAGAUUCUAAAUUCUUCCAUACCACCCAGUAUAUUAUAUUCAGCACUUCCUUGCUUAUACCUGCUUAUAACACUUAUUUCUACGUGUUUACAAGCCUUUCUCCUGAAUACAGAUGUCAGAACUUGACAGACAUUCAACUUGAUCAAUACAAUAUAUCGAGCAGUGAAGUUGAUCUAAUAUACGAUAAAUGUUCCAUUCAAGUCAUAAAUACCAAUGGAAUGUUUCCAGGCCAGAACCGAAGUCUACCCUGCCUAAAUGGUUAUCACUAUUCAACACCUGUUCGACGAUCAAUCAUUUCAGAGUGGGAUCUGGUGUGUAGCAAAGAAGGUUUGGCAGAAACUACUCAAACUUUAUUUAUUUUUGGACAACUUGUAAGUGGAUUGCUAUCGUCGUACUUAAUCGACAAAUAUGGACGAAAACCUACCCGUAUAUUCAGCAAUUUCUUCUUGAUCAUCUUCAACUUGAUUUGUGCAUUUUCACCGUUCUACGGCCUAUUUGCUGCGAUGAGGUUUCUCAUAGGAAUUUUGAGAGAGGCAAGUUUUUUGAUUUGUGGUUAUAUUAUAAGAAGAUUAUACAUUUGUUUUCAAGCAAGAACAGUUGAAUGGUAGAAUCGUUAAAACAUCGGAAAAGUGUCUUGUGGUUUUCAUUCCGGCCCUUAACGGUCUGAAUUCAUAUCCCCGACGAGGGCAUCAUUACCUUUCAUCCUUUCGGGGACAUUAGAACAGAGUACCAGAUGGUAUCGACUAACCCCUCCCAUGAAAAACUAUUGGUCUUGAUAUUUGAAACCAUUAUUAUUAUUGGUUUCAGACUUUGGCACAGGGCUACCAAUUUUAGAAUAGGGGCAAGUCGAUUACA